CCCUGUCACAGUUAGUUUAGGUGGAUGCCAAACAACAGGUGUCUGCAAAUAUUUGAGGUUUCUUUGAUAUUUAGUUAGUCUUGAAAACUUUAUUAGACAAGCAUUCAAACUGUCUGUCCAGUUGGAUUGACUGGGAAAGCAAAAAGCAAAAAAUAAUUGAUUGACAGAAACAGACAAACUACUUAAUUUUGAUUUGAAAUUAUAUAGGAUUGAUAAUCAACAGCCAGGUGAACAUGAGCCAAUCAUAUCUCAUCCUGGCAACGACCUCACUGCUGCUGCUGAUGUACGGCACAGAUGCAAAGAUAGAAAUCAUAGCUGCUAAGCCAGAUAUUCUGGUGGGAAAUGAGAUCUUACUGUUGUGUAAAGCUGGAGGAGAGGGAGACAUAACAUGGCAAAAGGAUGAUGAAAAUAUUGAUGAUGAGGAACAGGUGUCAAAAGUGGAUGAGACCUCCUCUAAAUUGCUCAUUAAGAAGGCGUCAAUGCAGGACACGGGCAGGUAUACCUGUCAGUGUGACUUCGACAAUGGACACCACGAUAGCACUACAUUUGAUGUGUAUGUUCAUGUGGGUCCAUCAUUUGUCUACAACACCACCUACCAUGAGUUUCUGGAGGGUACAGAUGGUGUGGUACCCUGCUCGGUGACUGGCCAGCCAAUGGUGGAUGUUCAGUGGAUCAGAGACAAGCAACCAAUCUCUUCUAAUGAAGGAAGGCGUGUGCGUCAGCUAUCUGAUCACACACUCCAUAUUGAAAAGGUGAAAAGAGAGGAUGCUGGGACAUACACGUGCCAGGCUCAGAUCAGAGGAAGGCCCGUCUAUCAAAACCUUGCUAUCUCUGUUGUUGUCAAUGCUCCUCCUACUGUGCACCUGAAAGAAAAAGAGAAAAAAGUGUUGGCUGGACCAGAAACUAAUGUUUCCUUGCUGUGUUUGGUGGACGGUUUACCAAAACCCAACAUCACCUGGACCAUGCCGGUCCCGAUUGACCCCUCACAUCAUCAGUUUAACUCAGACCGUAGCCAGCUGACAAUAACAUCUGUUGCCAGGGAAGACUAUGGAGAGUACGUUUGCACUGCCGCCAACAAGAUAUCUGAGAACAGUGCUUCAUUUACGCUUCAUGUUUAUGAGGCCCCAGAUGUGUUUGUGAAAGAAGAGCAGCUGAAUGUAUCAGUGGGUGAACGGGCAUCAGUGUCCUGUAAUGUCUCUGGUCAUCCUCAGCCUGAGCUGUACUGGCUCAACAAGCGCAAUGGACACACAGUGGAUUCUACCACUGGUCGUGUCCAUGUUAUUAAUGGAACUUUGGUGAUCGAGGAGAUGUUGCCCCCUGAUGGUGGACUGUAUUCCUGCAUGGCCGUCAGCAUCUCUGGAAAUGCAUCAAGAGAUGUUGCAAUAUACACCCAGCCUGAUCCGCCUCUCCACCUGUCAGUCACACCUGGACCAGCCUCAGUCCUCCUCUCCUUCAAAACCCUGCCCAGCAGUGGAGGAACACCAAUCACAAGUUUUGUUUUACAAUGGAGGCAAAGUGCUGCGGAACAGUGGAAGGAGAUCACAGUCCCAGCUUCAGAUCCUCUAGCAAUCACCGCCCUCAAGCAGUACACACCGUACACAGUACGUUUGGCCGCCAUGAAUGCAGUGGGCACGGGACAGUACUCAGAAACAAAAACUGUCCGCACACAGGGAAUACAUGGUGAACCAGACAGUCCGGUUUUGUCGGUUGAGAAGAUGACAGUAGAGAAAAACUCUUUCUCUGUCCCUCUUAAACAGAUCGAUGACGGUGGAGCCCCUCUGCAGCACUUUAACAUGCGAUACAGACAGGUUAAAGACAAGGCUGAGUGGAAAGAGAUUCAGCUAUCAUCUGAUACAAACUCUAUCUCCCUGCAAGACCUGCCCUUUGGCUCAGACUAUCAACUGGAGGUCACAGCGGUCAACGCUAAUGGUUCCUCUAUCCCUGCCAUAUUCAACUUCACCAUCGGAGAACAGCCUGUGAACAGCAUGACUAAAGGCAGCGUGGUUGGCAUCGUUAUGGUCAUCUUCCUGGUCGUAUUCCUAGCGGUAGAUGCCACCUGCUGCUACAAAAAUCACUGCGGCCUGCUCAUGUCCAUUGCUGUUAAAAUCUUUGGACAUAAAGUCCCAGGCAUUAAAAUGCUUGAAGACAUAGAGGGAGCCAAUAACGGAGAAGUGAAGCUGAAGGGUAUGACCACUCCGAGAGGUAGUAUGCAACUGACAGGGGUUCAUACUAAAGGGGUCGGGCAGCUCACAGAGGUCACCAGCGACAAAGCCUCCCUCACCAAACAUGAGAAAAUACAGGCAGGUAGGGAGCUGCCCAAUGCCGAUGCAUGAGGCCCGAAGAUUGGAGAAGAAACAACAAAUAAGAAGUGUGAACCAACAAGUAGAUAAUGUAUAAUGUACAGCAAGAGAAGAUAUCAAACUUAUCAACACCAUCAGCCUUAAUAAUGGACUCUGAACCGUUGAGCAGCUCUAUAGCAAAUACAGCUGUGAUGGGACGUGGUCGAACAUUAUUGACAGAUUGCAGGGAAACACUGAUGUCGCUGAGGUUUGUUCAGACCCAUGCUGUUUCAGGUGUCUGGUGUUGGAGCGAGAGGACAGCAGGCCUGUGUCCAGCCUCUCCUGACAACACUGUCCUCUCAUAAGGUGGAAAAUCUGCCAGCUUCCUGGUGACAUGAAGACCGACGGAGGCUACGGGCAGGAAAUUAUAUCAUUUUCUUGCCUUUCUGUAGUUCUGUCUGCUCUGAUUUAGAUUACAAAAGACUCUUGUCCUUUUACAGGGUAAUCUUGGUGUCUGUGUUUUACAGGGUAAAAUUGUUGGUGUUAUAAAUUAAUCUUUAAAUUGCUCUGGCUUCACAACAAAUGUUUACUGCAUUUUGAAUGUUGUACACAGACCCAAGAUCUUAUUUUAUUUUUACUCUUUUUGAAUCGUGUCAUGGAUGUCAUGUGUAAUACAGAUUUGUUUUGGCAUUUAAAAAUAUUUGUCUUUGUUUGUGAUGUUUUUCAUGUAUCUUUUUGUUAGUAAUGUGUUAACCUUGCAUUGUGGCUGCUCAUCUGAUGCUAAUUCAAGUCUAAACAUCUUAUAUUUGAGUUUAAAUAACGCUAUAUCCUGAUACUGUCCAGUAUUUUGACCCAUUUAACGUCAUUUGAACUUAAACUAACCUCACUAACCUUAAUGUAAUUAUUAUGCACUGAUAUUUAUUGUUUUUAAACCACACAUGAGAGAUAUUCAUCAUGAGAGGCUUUGAACUUGAAGCCAUAUUGGAUUUUUUAGCCAGAUUUACUGUUAAGCACUUUUUUGUGAAAACAUUAUGUUAUGGUCGGCAGCUACCACUGGCCACAUAGGGGACCUGUGAUUAAAAGCAACUUUUAAAAUAAGAGGCUCCUUUAAAGUACCUGUAAUAAUAGGUGACAUGUAUCGUAAUGUACGUAUUUCCACCUAACAAAAUUGACUAAUACUCGAUGUUUAACUUCUAUUUUGUAUUUAUAGUCAGAUUAUAAUUAUACAGUGAUCAAAGAUGUCCAAGUGAAAAUAUUUCAAGUCAGAUAUUUAAAUAUUUUCCAGCUUGUUUUUUGAAAGUAUGUCAUGCAUGUAUGCAAAUUAGCAGACCAUAGUAAUGAAAUUUUUUGAUAUAAUUGUAAUAUAAUAUUGAACACUGUACAUGCUUGUACAUAAUAAUGUUGAAUCUUUCCAUUUCAUAAAAACAUGGACUGUACAAGA